AUGCCAGGCCAACGGAAACGGCGCACGUUGACGGGCGUCUCAACGCGCCCAUCAAAAAACCGUGACUCGUGCGCAACUGCCGAAGAUAUACCCCCAAAGCCUCCUGCCAGUGUUCGCAACGGGUCCGCCCAGUCUGGAGGCCCUGCCAAGGCAUCUGUAGAUAUCUAUAAUUCGGACCUGACCGUUGCGAACACUGCCUCCUGCAUCGCCGAGGAGACUGCGGAAGCGCACUCCGCCACCGUCGGGGACGUAGUCCACGAUAGCGCUGCGGGAAGCGGUGUCGUUGAAACUACUGCUCCUGCGGCCGCGGUUGGUGGGGGAGAUGGCCGCAGACGCCGUCCCGCUGACGCUGCGAUGGAAGGAGAACCAUUUUCACACAUGAUUCACGCGGCGACCAACACCUCUCCCCCAAGUAGAGGUUCCACGAGGGUUGAGAUCGGGGGUUAUAGCUUCGAUGUUCCGGCGGAUCUGGUGCAGUGUUUUGAGAUCGUGCAGCGGCGGGUUGUGUGGUCGCAUCGUGCGGGUAUGGAGAAUGGUGGGACGGCGGGGUGUGUGGCUGUUGUUAUGGGUGGUGGGACAUUGGCUGGGGGGGGUUGGUCGGGUUGGUGGUGGAGGGAAGAGGGCGGUUGGGGGUGA